AAAAAAAUCUUAAUUUCUAAUGAUUCAAGUAUCUAUAUGCAUGUUAAACUGAUAUGCUGCCGUCUCCAGCCGCGUUUUACUUUCCUUGGGAGAUCAAUACAGACCUGGUAAAAGAUGGUGUGUCAGUGCGAACGUUUGGCAGGUCGGUCCACUUGUUAAAGUUGUCGGAAAUGUUUAGAUUUACAAGUUACGUGCCAGAAGAGUCCAAAGCUGUUCUAAGUGGUCAGCAGUCCUCUGCACAGUGCCACGUGUCUGUAAAAACAACACUUGUUGAACCUUUCCAGCCCAUACUUGGAGCUCAGUAUUUUGUCCUGGGUGAAAUUGAAAAUACUGAUGGAUUAAGUGGAAAUAUACUGCAUGCCCGUGCUUUGGCUUGUGUUGAUGGAGUAGACCUUGCACUAAUGCAACAGGCCAUUAUGGAACAGAGACGCUUCUUUAAGGAGAGAGAGACUAAGAUGAAUGUGCAAGCUCCACGCUGAGAGCCCUCAUACAUAUCCUGUGAAAUGUGAUCAACUGAGAACUAUUUAUCAAUGUGUUUUUGUACAAUUUGAGAAUGUGUGACUUUGUGUCAACCUCUCAAAAGUGUAGGAUUGUCAGUUGGAUUUUUACAGAAUUUGGAUUUUUGAUGUCUAGUGCAGGAGGUAGGUCAAACACUAUACCUCUGUUUACUUAGAAAGAAAUGCUUUUAAAAUGUAUUUUAAAAAUAACUAAAUACAUUUAAGCACAAUUACAAAGAAAUAUCACAGUAUGUGUUCUGCUUAAUAAAAUGUUAUGCCUACAAAUAAUACAUUUAAUACCACUCUUUGUGUGUUGACAUUUAGUAGAACAAAUUAGAAACAAAAAAGACAGAAAUCAUUGUUGCAGUUUUAUUUUCAGCAGUAUUAGAAAGUAAAGAGAAUGGUAAAGACAUAAAUAAUUAAAAGUAUAAUGAUUUGAAAUCAGAAAUUGCUCUUCUGGCCCAUCAUACCAUGCAAAUAAAACACGCAUAACAUGUUAUUUUUUUUUGUUUGUUUGUUUGUUUGGUUGUUUUUUUUUUUGGAUAAAUAUUCCCUUUGUUCUGUGUUACAAUAUUCUGCCCCAUUACAUUAUGUAAAAAUUAAGUAAACGUAAGCAUCUCAUCAGCUGAGAUUAAAUAUAACUAAUGUUAGUAAUGUGUUCAAAUUUUAGAGAUUUUAUAGCACCUCAGAUUUACAACAAAUUGUAUUACAAGUACA